AUGGCGGUCAGGAUGCAGGAGAAACACUGUUAUCUGUCUUCUCAUCAGAUGAAAAAGAAUAAGAACACUGUCGAAAUGGUUAUAGCUAGCAAGAAACAUGACAAUGUCACCUGGCUUCAUGCCCAUCUUCCAAAUUGGAAGAAGAACAUUUACGUUGCGGACGAUAGCGAUGCGGAAUUAACGAUCCCUAAAAACAAAGGAAAAGAAGCUAUGGUAUUUCUAACAUACAUAAUUGAUCACUACUAUUCCCUCCCCGAGAAUAUAGUCUUUCAUCAAGCUCAACGGUUCCAAUGGCAUAACGAUGAUCCUGAUUACGAUGCACUCACUCUUCUACAACGAUUACGUUUUGGGUACCUGGAGGAACAAGGCUACGCUAAUCUGCGCUGUGAUUGGUCAUUGGGCUGUCCUUCAUCGAUUAGGCCGUUUGUUGAUGCCAUAGUGUUAAUGCCCGGGGAUAGCAUUUCAUCGAAACAUGUAUACAAGAAAUCUUUUGAACAGCUCUUUCCGCACCAGACUGUCCCGGAGACUGUUGCUGUUGCCUGCUGCUCCCAGUUUGCUGUUCGGAGGGAAAUAAUACGGAGACGUUCGAGGGCAGAGUAUAUCCGUUAUCGCAAAUGGUUGCUCGAUACCGACCUUGACGAUGAAUUAAGUGGGCGGGUGUUUGAAUAUGCAUGGCAUAUUAUAUUUGGUAAGAAGCCCAUACACUGUCCGAACGCUGGCACUUGUUAUUGUAAAAUGUACGGGUUAUGCGAUAAGCAGUGUACCGAAAAGCGUUGCGAUGGCCUUUAUACUCUCCCAAAGUACGCGAGCCUCCCCAAUGGGUGGCCGAGGGUAGGCUGGAACCAAGAGCGUAGGCCAUGGCUGGGGGAAGAUUAG